ACCCUCCAUCACAACACAACCCGUUUGACCCUCCAACCUACUGCUCACUCUAGUCUAGGUCUGCUGUAACGGCUACUAUAUUAUCCUCGUGUUGUCAACUCACGUGCUGUAACGGCUACUAUAUUAUCCUCGUGUUGUCAACUCACGUUCUUUCUACUCCUCCCUCCACAAGCGUUCAUGCCGCUUAGCUGCGUAUAGAAUCCAAAGACAUUCACUCACUGGAUUUUGGAACCUCGUCUCGCUGCCAUUUGUUUAACGACACUCCUGUUCCACCUCACACAUCACUAUAGUUCUCGCAUCAUGCUCGUUAGUAGAGAUGGCGGGGAAACGCACGGAUCUACGUCAGCUGCUGUUGCUGAGGCAAACACGGCGACGCUCGCAACGGCUCAGCCCACAGGCCCUUCCACGUCAGCAUCCCCGAUAGUGACUGUUUCAGCUCCAGGUUCAGCACCUAGUGAUUCCAGCCUCAAACCAGGAUUGAAGUCUAACCAUGUGACGUCAUCAUCCAGUCAACUGACGUCAUCGGCAACACCACGAACCAAUUCUCACCAUCAGAGCCUUCGGCACUGCCAGCAACAUGGAGCAGCGUCGUCGCAUCCUAGCCAUCCAUCCACACAAUUACCACCGCAUCGACGGCUAGGAAGGAUUGCGCGUAGUUUAUCGUCUAAGGUCGACGGAGGUGCCAUGAUUGGGUCGAUGCUUCGAGCUGCGAUGGCGGGAAUCUCGCUCAAGCGGGUGUUCUACGCUGUCCUCGUUAUGGGAUUCAUCGUUCUAGGGCUUCUCGCUAUCAACGUCGAACAGUUGCUCAAGAACUUCCUCCUCUGGCUCAAAAACGAUGUCGGCGUGUGGGGUCCAGUUAUCAUGGCCCUCGCAUACAUCCCACUCAAUAUUCUCGCCCUUCCAGGCGCCAUCCUCACUUUGGGGGGCGGCUACGUGUUCGGGCUGCUGGUGGGCUUCAUUGCAGAUUCGCUCGGCUCCACUGCUGGCGCCACCGCUGCUUUCCUCGUUGGCAAAACGAUUGGGCGCUCGUAUGUGUCAGCGAAGCUCAAGGAGUACCCGCAGUUCCAGCCAGUGGCGCAUGCCAUCGCCAAAUCCGGAUUCAAGAUCGUGCUGCUGCUGCGGCUGGUGCCCAUCCUGCCGUUCAACGUGAUGAACUACGUGCUCUCAGUGACGCCCAUCAGCCUCUCUUCUUACGUCCUCGCCUCCUGGAUCGGCAUGAUGCCCACCACGUUCACCUUCGUGUACCUGGGCACCACCAUCAAGGACAUCUCAGAAAUCGGCUCCCCAGGAGCUGCUGGGGCGUCGCAGUGGUGGAUGCUGGGAAUUGGCCUUGCUGUUACAGUGGUGGCGACUGUUCUUAUAACGAGGGUGGCCAAGGACGCACUGCAGAAGGCGAUAGAGGAGAACGAGCAGCAGCGCAGCCUGCUGUCCCCCACCUUCCUCUCCUCCACCCCGUCCUCCCUCACUCCCCGCACCGACAUUCACCUUUCCCCCUCUCCGCAUUCAAUCGAAGCUUGCUCUAGCAGUAGCAGCAGCAGCAGCAGCAGCAGCGGCAGUGGGAGCAGCAGCAGCACUAACAGCAGCAGCAGCAGCAGCAGCAGCAGCAGCAGCAGCAGCACGGGCCUGGAGAACAGAUCUGCCAUUCUCACCAUCCCUGAUGGUAUCUACUCCCACCAGGGGCCCCUGCUCACAGCGCACACACCAUCCUUGCAAUACGCUGGUGAUGCAGUGUCUUUUCCCCCUCAUAAAGCACCUGACAAUGCGCCUGAUAGUAGCUGGGACAUUGGGUCAGGGGCGUGCUGCGUGGGCGUGGACGAGCUGUCUAGACCAGCGGCAGAUGGGGCAAAGAGACAAGCAAUUCUUCCAAGCUGCUAUGCUGCAUGAGUUGUGGACGCCGUUACCGAAUGAAUCAAGUCAAAGGCAUACUGCUGGAUGCACAGCAGUGCCAUUUGCAGCAAUAUCCAGUGCCUGCUGCUUUCUGAGGGCUGCUGCUGCUACUGCUGCUAUGGCAUCUACCUAAUAUACAGGCGGUCUUUUUGGGAAGCACUGCCAUCUUUCAGCCUAUGUUGCAUUUUUUGUUCAACCAGCCGAUUGUCUUUUGUAUAGUUAACUUUCAAUAUAUUGCAGACUUUCAA